GCUCAUUGCUGACGUUUCUAUCUGUCUUUAAACAACAACGAUAACACAGUAAAUACUCAUGUACUAGUACUUUUUCUUGUUACUCAUGCUAGCUAAAAAAAUGUAAAAAGUUUAUGGGGUAAAUCAGGGUAGAUACAUAAUACAGUGACACUAGCAAUUGCUAGCAACUAGUAGUGGCUAACAACGUUCAACGUACUAUUUACAAUAAAAAUUACCUUAAUAAUAAUUCAUUACUAUCUGUGUUUUUUGCUGAUAUAAAUUUUUUUAUAAAAAGAAAAAUAAAAAAACAAAAAAAAAUUUUGGAGUAACAACAUAAACAUGAAUCGCCAGCAUAGGAGUAUUCUUAUAGAAUUACGUGAAGAUAUUGUUCGUGAUAUUGACGUGAAUGAUGGUGUUUUGGAUGAACUAAAAGAAAAAUUAAAACUAACAGAUAAACAUGUUGCUAAAAUAAUGUCUGGAGAAACAGUUCAAAAUAAAGUCGAGAUAAUGCUGGACAUAAUCCCAGAAUAUGAACCAAAUGCUUUUCAAAUUUUUCAAAAUGCAAUUAAAGAUAAUUGGUGCUGGAUAUAUGAAAAAAUGGAAAAAUUAAAUACAGAACCAAAAAAAUCUAUAUGUAUACCACCAAUAUCACCAUUAACUGUACCACGAGAAGAAAAAAUGGAACAGUUAAAAAUGGCUUUGACAAAACUUGAACCAGGUGGUUAUGUAGUUUUACAUGGAAUGAAAGGAUUUGGUAAACACAGUUUAACUGCAAGUACAUUAAAAAAUGAAUCUCUUGUAGCAGAUUUAUUUGAUAAUCAAGUUUAUUGGAUUAAAUUUGCAUAUGCCUCAUCUGAUAAAUUAAUUGACACUGAAAUAUUGAGUCAACUCAAUAGUUUGUAUCAUCGUGUUAAUAAUGCAUCAAUGUUAUCAUUAGGACCAGAAUCAAAAUUAUCAAAAGAUAGUCUUAUUCAACAAUUAAAAUAUCAUUUUAGUAAUAAUAAAAAUGCACUUGUUGUAUUAAAUGAUGUUUGGAAUCCAAAUAUAAUUGAUUCAUUUGAUUUUGGCUGUAAAACAUUAGUAAUAACAACAAAUGUAGAUUUAUUAGGUACUAAUAGAAUUCAUGAAGUUGUUAAAAUGAUGGAUGGUUUUACUGAAGAUGAAAGUUUAAAAUUAUUUGCUGAUUCAUUAGGAAUUGAAUCAAUUGAACAAUUACCAGAAGAAGCACGUUCAAUUCAUUAUGAAUGUAAUGGUAUGCCAAUAUUAAUAGCAAUGUUUGCUGCACAAUUUCAACAAUAUAAAGAUGAUAUGAAAGUUAAUAAUGAACGUUGGAAAUAUUAUUCAGAUGCAUUACGUCAAAAAGAUAAAUCAAAUAAAGUUAUAUCAAAAUUUCUUGAUAAACAAAAUGCAAUAUUUGAUAUGUGUAUUGAUCAAUUGACUGAACCAACAAAAAAAAUGUAUAAACAACUAGCUAUAUUUAGUGAAGAUGUUAAUAUAACAAGUCAAACAUUAACAAUAUUAUGGGAUGAAGAUAAAAUUUGGGCUGUUGAUGAUCAUAUGAAUGAAAUAUGUAAAAAAUCAUUAGCAGAAAAACAAUUUAAUACUGAAUUAAAUGGUUAUGUUUAUGGUGUACAUGAUUUAUUAUUAUGUCAUUUACAAAAUGCUAUGAGCCCAGAUGAAUUAAUAAAUAAUCAUAAAUUAUUUGUUGAAAAAUAUAGAAAAAAUUGUCGUAAUGAUUUUUCAAAAUUACCAAAUGAUAAUUAUGGUUAUUCUUAUAUUGGUUAUCAUUUAGAACAAGCUGAAAUGUAUGAUGAAUUUGAAAAUUUAUAUCUUGAUUUAAAUUUUAUACAAUCAAAAAUUAAUUAUUGUGGAUUAAAUGAUUUAUUAAUUGAUAUUAAUAGAUAUAAAAAUUAUAUAAUAGCUGGUAAACUAGAUAAUGAAAAAAAAAUUGAAGAAUGGGAAAUUUUUUUAAGAUCACAUUCAAGAAUAAUUGCUGAACAUAGUAGAAGAAAUUGUUUGGAUUUAGUACAAAUUGGUAUAAAUGAUUUAUCACAAGGUUAUAUUUAUAAUAUUUCACGUAAAAUUGCACAAAAAAGAUCAACAUAUCUUUAUUUAACACAUAAACCAGUUGAAGAACCACAAAGUUAUGUAAGUUAUGUAUCACCAACUGAUUUAUGUACAAUUAAUUUUACUGAUGAACCAACACAAAUAUUAAUUGGUAAUAAAGAUGGUGAAAUUAUAUCAUGGAAUACUGAAACACAUAAACGAACAACAUAUAAUAGUCAUCAAAAAUCAAAAUUAAAAAAAGUUAUAUUAUCAAAAAGAGAUAUUUUUUUUUUAGCACUAAAUGACAAAGGUUAUAUUGAAAAAUUUAAUUAUGAAAUUGAUCAAGCUAAUGAAAUUAAUAAUGAUGAUCGUCAUUGUUUACAAAGUCCACGUGAAAAACAAUCAUUUUGGUCUGGUAUACAUAGAAAUCCAAAACCAUCAAAUGUUAAAACAUAUAUGAUUCAAGAUAAUAAAUAUAUUCAUAUUAUUGAAGAUUUUGCACUUAGUUCAGAUGAUACAACAAUAUCAGCAUGUACAUUAAAAGGUAUAGUUAGAGUAUGGAAUAUAAAUGGUGAUAUUAUAUUUACUGAUGAUUGUAAAGAACGUUGUUAUAAUUGUAUUGCAUUUCUUAGAAGAGAUGAAUUUUUAAGUAUGGUUGAUAGUCGUGCUGGUGUUAUUUAUGUUUAUCAUAAAAAAUUAACAAGUGAUGGUUAUAUAUAUAAAACACUAUAUCGUCCAAAACACACAGUAUAUCAUGAAAAUGAUAAUCCAAAAACUGUUGGUAUUGAUAAUAAAAAAAUUAUAUAUUUUAAUGAAAUACCAAAUAAUGAUGAACCUUAUAAAAUUAAUUUAAUAAUGAUAACAAAUUUAGAAGCAAUAACUAUUAAUUUUUAUGAAUUUAUGAGUAAUCCUGGUGAAUUAGUUAAUCCACAAACACGUUUUAUUGCUGAUAUUGAUAACAAAACAAAUCCAACAAUGAGAUAUAUUACUGGUACAUUAACACAUGAUGGUAAUUAUUUUAUAAUUGGUGAUUCAGAAGGUUUUGUUAAAGUAUGGCAAGUAUAUGGUAUUGAUAAACCAUAUAUAACAUUUACUGGACGUAUUAAUGUAUUGGAUACAUAUUGUAUUGAUGAAAGUUAUCAUUUAAUAAUUGGUGCAUCAAAUAGAGUUAUUCAUAAAUGGUUAUUUUUAACUGAUAAAGAAAUUGCACCAAAAUCACCAAGAAAACCACUUUUUGAUGCUAUUAUGAAACCAUAUGGUGAAUCUGAUAUUGUUGCUCAAGUAAGUGAUAAAAAAAUAAGUAUACAUAUUGGACAACAAAUAAAACAAACUGAACCAAUAGCUGGUGAAAUAAUAAGUUUAUCAUUGUCACAUGAUGGUAAUGAAAUUUUAUAUAUUGUUAAAAUAAUAGUUGGUAAAAAUACAAUAUAUAAAAUAUAUAUUUAUGAUGGAAAUAAAAGUUAUGAAAUAAAAACAUUAACUCAAUAUAUAAGUUUUGCAAAAUUUUUAAGAAUUCAUGAUAUGAAUAUUGCUGUUUGGGAACAAGGUAAUGAUUUAGGUAUUAAAUCAUUAGAAAUGGAAGUUGAAGCUAAAAAUAUUGGACAUAUUAUUGCACUUCAUACAAUUAGUGUUAAUAAUGUUAAAUAUGUUAUAACUGUUGCAAGUAAUAAAAAAAUUAUAAUAUGGAAAGUAUCAGAUGCUAUAAAUCCAUUUUGGACAAAUAUAUAUUCAACACAAAGUACAAUUGAUGAAACUGUAACAUCCAGUGAAAUUCAUCAAAAUAAUUAUCUUGCUGUAUUAAAUUCAAAUGGUAUAUUAGAAAUAUAUUCAAUUGUUAAACAAGAAAAUGAUUUAGAAUUACAGCUUUAUAUAACACGUAAUUUUAUUAUAAAAUUAACAUGUUGUGCAUUUUCAUUUGAUUCAAAAUAUCUUGCAAUUGGUAUGGAUAAUGGUGAAAUUAUUAUUUUUGAUAUGACAUCAUAUAUUAUUUAUAAAGAUUUACCACUUCAUUGUAAUGCUAUCAGACAAUUAUUUUGGGCUCCAUUAUCUGUUGAUCAACCAAUUUUAUUAUCAUUAACAUGUGAUGAAAUGGCAUGGUGGAAUAUUAGUUAUAUGAAAGAUAUUAAACAAACUAAUAGAAGAAGUAGACAUGGUCCUUUAUCACGUAGUGUUACAACACCAACAAUGGGUAUGAGUCCACGUUCAAGUAUGAGAUUACCAAAAAGUCAAACAACUGAUUUAAGUAAAUUAACUUUACAACUUGAAAAACUUGAAAACAACAAUCAUCACAACAAUGAUGAUGAUGAUGAUAAUAAUAAUAACAAAAAUAAUACCGAUAAUAAUAAUAAUAAUAACAAAAUGGAUCUCUUUGAUAAUUCAAGUGAAUUUUGGAAGUCAAAACAACCAAGAGAUAGUAAAAGAUCAUUACUUGGAUUAACACAAUUACCACAAAGUUCAUUGGCAAAAGUAUGUGUUUCAAAUGAUUUUAAAAAAUUUUUACUCGUUGAUGCAUACGGUUCAAUUAAUACAUUUGGAUUAUUUAUAUGACAUAAUGUUAAUAACAAUAAUAAUAAUAUAUAUUGUAAUAAUAAAAAAAUCAAAAAUAAAAAAAAACGUGAAAGAAAAAAACGAAAGAAAAAAUCGAAACAGAAAAUAUAAAAUAUUUGCUGUAAUGCUCUUUAUUAAGAGCAAUAAUUAAUUUAAAAUUUAACUAUCAUUGUUAACAAUUAUUUUAUUAUUAUUGUUAUUAUUAUUAAUGGAGUAUAUUUAAGUAUUGAUAGCUCUUUUUUAAGCCAGUUAAUUUGUAAUUAUUAUUUGCCAUUAAUCAUUGAGAUUAUGUGUUUCUUUCAUUCCACUGGGUCAAUCAAUUUUAUUUUUUGAAUCGAUAAUUUUCGUACAAACAUGUGCCUUAAUCAAAUUUUAAAAAAAAUUGAUUUUACGAUUGACCCAAGUUAAAUUUUAUAAACUGAAAAAAAAAAAAAAAAUUUUUUAAUCAAUUUUUGCGUCUUUUAUACAAACGCAAUGCAUUUAUUUUUUAAUAAUUCAACGAAUAAUAGUUGCACACAUUUUUUUUUUUAAAUCAAAUAUUUUCUACCAAUUUUGUUUUCUUUUUAUUUUAAUUAUAAAUUUAAAAAAAAAAGAAAAUAUGACUGCAAAUAAUUGGUGCAAUUAUAUAAUGCCAAGUGAUAAAAAAAAUCAAAUGGCAGCAUUUAUUUUUUAUCCAUGUUAAUACAUGAAAGACUUUGAAAUUAUUUCAAAUGCUCAUUUGUUGAAAAAAUAUAUAUACUUAAUUUUUUAUUAUUUUUUAUUAAUUUUAUAUUUUAAUUAUGUUAGUGUAAAAUAAUAAUAUAAGUAAAUUUUUAUUGCGUAUUUUUGUCGGUUAAAUUUUCACUUAAUUAAUUUUUCUUAUAUUUUUUUUUUAUAUAAACAAACAUUUUUAGAAUUCAAUAGUUUACAAAAAAAAACUGACGUAAAAUAAAACAUAAAUUUUUACUUUUUUGUGAUACAAUAUUGAGUAAUUGCUAAACAUGUUAAUUCAGUUUAGUGUAAUAAAUUAUAUUGUACCAAAUAUCAUUAUUCAUUAUUCAUUUUUUAUAUACAUUUAUUAUAAAAAUGUUAACUGUACAAAAUGAAAAAAAAAAAUUAAAUAAAAUUUUAUUUAUACCUAAUAA